AUGAAAGCUUUUGCUGGUGUUUUUGUUCUUGCUGGGAUUAUUUACACCUCAAAUGGCCUGGAAUUAUUCCCAUCUAAUCAAGCAGAUACUGGACACUCUGCUCAAUACAAACUCAACACAACCACAAAACUUUUAGUUUCACCACUAAGUCUUACUUUACUCUUGGGUCAACUACUAGUGGGUGCUGAAGGCAAGUUUCGUGAUCAUCUCUAUGAUCUUAUAUCACUUUCCGAUCAAAAAUCAGUUCGUGAUGAAAACGUCUACAUACAAUUUCACCAACAACUCGGAAAUCUUCGAAAACGUCUCGAAAUUGAUGGCAAUCGUCAUUACAAACUGGAUUCUAAUAAUGCACUGUUCUACAACAGGAAUAUCAGACUCCAAGAUAAAUUCAGCCAUGAAUCGAUGACUUUGUAUCAAACAGAACUGUUUCCAUUAAAUUUCAAACGUUCUGAGGUUGCUAUGAAGACUAUCAACAAAUGGGCAUUGGAUCAUACAAAUGGAUUGAUUAAAAGUAUUGUAGCUACACCCCCUGGACCAGAAACAGCUUCUAUCUUUGCGAAUGCUAUAUAUUUCUAUGGAAAAUGGGCUCAGCCAUUCAGUAAUGAGUUGAAUCAUCUCGGGCCAUUCUUUGUAUCAAAAAGUGAUCAACGCCAAGUAACUUAUAUGGUAAACUUCUUAGAACAGGUGCCGUAUGCUGAAAGUAAACGUCUUAACUGUAAAAUGUUGGUAAUGCCCUAUGAAAAUAAUGAACUGGGGAUGUACAUUGUUUUACCAAAUGUUGGACAUCCUCAUGAGCAUGACAUCAGAGCAUUUGCAAGCGAAGCAAAAAUCUCUGACUAUCUUCAGAUGUUAGGUGACUUGAAAAAUCAUGAAGUCAACGUGAAAAUUCCGAAGUUUACGUUGACAAGCAGCAUGAGUCUGUUGAAACCUCUGCAGAUGUAUGCCACCUAUAAGAAAUAUAUGGAAAGUCGUCAGUUUACAACCGAACCGACCAAGUCGACUGCAACUAAGAACUUUAUUGAUGUAUUGGAAGAUAAGAAGGCUCAAUUUGAAUUGUUCAAGCAUAACUUUAACAAUUUCACGUCUGGUUCGAACAUCGAUGAGAUUAUCUUGUCGGCUGCUAGCGUUAAAGGUGAUUUGAGAGUUUCUGAUGUUAUGCAGCAUAUGACUUUUGCGCUUAAUGAGGUGGGAACUGAAGCGGCGGCGGUUUCCGCUGGAAUUGUUGAUUAUAGCGGUGGAGCGAAGAAUUUUCUAGCGAAUAAACCUUUUCUAUUCUUUAUUCGCCACGAAGCUACAGCAGCGACUUUGUUCUGGGGAACUAUUACAAACCCAUCCUAGGUUUUCUUAAUUUAUCAGCAGUUAUUGAAUAAGAUUAGUUUAAGAUGCAGUAUUUAAUUCUUUUAUAAUAAAGAGGCUUUGUUUUAUAAUUAUACAAACAGUCAUUUCUGUGUAAUUUAUAUAAAUCAGAUUGAUGAAACCAUAAACGUCUAAUAAACGUCUAAAAAUGGUCAA